AACUUUUCAUCACCUUAUAUCAAUAUGGCUGAGAAUAAAAUUGGUUGACUCCCAGAGUCGACGAGUUGUUGGAUGACUCCAAGAUUUGUUGGUUGACUCCAGAGUUUAUAAAUAUGUAGACAAAUGCCUUCAGAUCUGUAUACCAUAUCUCUUGCAGUGUUCUUGUCUUAUGCAAGACAUUCUAAAAAUUUAAUAAUAUUGGUGUUUGCUUUCCCUUAAGAUGUACUUGAAAACUAAGAGUACAUACUUAUAUCUUCCUAUUCUUUUCUCUUUUGUUCUUCUCUUUGAAACUCGCCUGUCUGAAGGAACCAAUGUCAUUGCCAUCGGUCAGACUCUCUCUGGCAAUAAGACAAUAGUCUCGAAAGAAGGGACAUUUGAACUAGGUUUCUUCACGCCAGGUAAGUCCCGAAACUACUACAUUGGCAUCUGGUAUAAAGAUUUUGCUAAUAAAACUGUUGUUUGGGUAGCAAAUCGGAACCACCCUAUUUCCAAUCCCUUUCAUUCAGAACUAAAGCUCUUCCCAAAUGGAAAUCUUGCUCUACUAAAUGAGGCAAGAAUUCAAAUUUGGUCCUCAAAUUCCACAGCCAAAAAACAUAAUUCAACUUUAGCCAUCCUUCUUGAUAAUGGAAAUUUUGUGACACGAGACAGUCAAGAGUCCGCUAAUAUUAUAUGGCAGAGUUUUGAUUAUCCAACAGACACUUGGCUUCCGGGUGGGGGCAAAAUUGGAUACAACAAACUAAAAAAGGAAAAUAUUUAUUUAAGUUCGUGGCGAAAUGCAGAAGAUCCUGCCCCUGGUCUUUUCUCAUUCGAGGUGGAAACAAAUGGAACAGCUCACAUGUUGCUAUACAAUAGGACGAAAAGGUACUGGUAUAGUGGUGAAUGGACAGGAACAAGCUUUGUUCUUGCUCCAGAAAUUCAGCGCAACCCUUAUAUCUCAAAUUUUGGAUAUUUUUCCAGUGCGAAUGAGAGCAAGUUCACUUACGACACUGAUAAUCCUAAGACCCUCACACGGUUUAUGAUCGACAAGACGGGGCAGUACAGACAGUUUGCGUGGAGAGAAAGUUUUCCAGAACGUCGAUGGGUUGCAAAUUGGCUGAGGCCAGAACAAUGUGAAGUUCCAAAUGUUUGUGGUGCUUUUGCAACAUGCAAUCAGUUGAAAGCGCCUUCUUGUACUUGUUUGCAAGGGUAUGAACCGAGGGUGUCAAAGAAUUGGGAUUUAGGAGAUUAUACUGAUGGCUGCAUUAAAAGGGCUUUCAAAUGUGGUGUUGGAGGAGAAGAGGACACGUUUUUGUCUAUUAAAGCAACGCGAUUUUCAUUUCAAGAUACAGGGGAUUCAUUGUCACUGGAUGUUGAGAGUGACAAAGAAUGCAAGUCUGCUUGCUUAAGAAAUUGUUCAUGCACUGCCUAUGUGUUUGAUGGUGAUAAAUGUGUGGUUUGGAUCGGAGAGGUGUAUAAUCUUCAACAACUGGGUCCUGAUGACAAAAGAGGUGGAGUGUUUCGUGUUCGGAUAAAGAAAUCUGGAAAAGGCAGCAAGAUUAGUGUAUGGAUUGUUGUAGGCGCUGUUGGGGGAUUCUUUGCUUUUCUUGGCAUGGUAACAGUGGCUAUAUUGCAGCUGAGGAAAUGGAAAGUGGGUAAAUAUAAUGGGUCAGCAGGGGAUCUGGUAUUGUUCAAGUACAAAGACAUCAAAAAAUCUACCAAAGACUUCUCAGAAAAGCUGGGAGAAGGCGGUUUUGGGGCAGUUUUCAGGGGUUCUUUACCGGAUUCCAGAGCGAUAGCAGUUAAAAGGCUGAAGAAUUCGAAGCAAGGAGAGAAGCAGUUCCGCGCAGAGGUGAGCACAAUCGGGCAGAUUCAACAUAUCAACCUUGUUCGCCUUCAAGGAUUCUGCAUAGAAGGUGAAAAAAGACUUUUAGUGUUUGAUUACAUGAAGAAUGGUUCUCUUGAAAAUCACUUGUUUCGCCAAAAUUCCAAUGUUUUUCUAGAAUGGAAAGCAAGGUACAACAUUAUGAUCGGAACUGCUAGAGGGUUAAAUUAUCUCCACGAGAAAUGCAGGGACUGUAUCAUACAUUGUGACAUUAAGCCUGAUAACAUAUUGUUGGAUGAUGAGUAUAAUGCCAAAGUUGCUGAUUUCGGCCUAGCUAAGCUUCUUGGCCGAGAGUUUAGCCGAGUCUUGACAACAAUAAGAGGAACACGAGGAUAUCUUGCACCAGAAUGGAUUUCAGGUGAGGCCAUUACCGUAAAGGCGGAUGUUUUUAGCUAUGGAAAGCUUUUGUUUGAGAUCAUAUCAGGGAGGAGAAAUAUGGAGUUGUUGGACGAUGGUGACUAUUUCCCGGCUCUAGUAGCAAAGAAAUUAAGUGAAGGAGAAGAAGGGGUAAUGCAAUUCUUAGAUCAAAAAUUGCAAGGUGUAGCAGAUCCAAGUGAAGUGCUUAGAGCCUGCAGAGUGGCUUGUUGGUGCAUUCAAGAUGAUGAGAAGAAUAGACCAAGUAUGGGGCUUGUGAUUCAGUUUCUAGAGGGAAUUAUAGAAAUUGAAAUUCCUCCAUUCCCUCGGUUUCUCCAUGGUUUUACGAAAGAUACUGCAGAUCACACCAUUGUUUUUCAUCAAUGGACAUCCGAAACAACUUCUUCUAGUAGUUAGAAACAUGUUUCAUCUUUGUUAUUUGUCUUGUGAGAUAUUUAUAUCUUUAAUUAUAAUGGUGGAUGAACGUUAGAUUGCAGGUUCAAAGUAUUCAUCUGAGAAGAAAUGAGCAAUAAACUUUCAAUUUGAUUUGUACGAUCACCACAUAGCUUUCACUAGUUGUGCACACUAUAUAUCUUUUACAGAGGAUCAUAAGAAUUAUGGUCUUAUAGUAGAUAUCAUACAUCGCUGACUACAUUGGCUGUUUUUAUAAGAUUUGUACAGAACUUCUCAAUAUAUAUAGUAGUGGGUACAGAGAAUUUGGUAAUAUAC